AUGGCAGAAGCCCAGGAGAAGGAGAUUCGACAGGUGAAGCUACCAGUCGGCUGGGAAGGCCUUUCCCUGAAGAGUCACGACGGACGGCUCUUGGUCUCCGAAGUGCCGAAGGCCUGCUUCUCCUCCAAGAGCUUUGAAAGCUCCGGGGCAAAGCCCCAGGAGCUUCGAACGCUGACCCGCGUUGAACGCCAGGUGGACGGCGUCUUCGAAGGGGACGAGAUCCUCACCGUGAACGGCGAGCCUCCGCCCAGCGCGGCGCCCGGUGAGAGCCUCCCGCGCGACGAGAGCAUUCGCUGCGAGUUUGGUAUUCACUCAUGGCGUGGGUGA